AUCCAGAUGAAGGUUUUUGCUGUCUUGGUCUUGGCAAUUGCCACAGUUUCUGCUGAUAUCCUGCGCCAGGACACUCCAGUACAUCCCCGUGAUAGCUCAGCUGUUCCGUCCAUAGAUGGUCGCAUUACCAAUGGAAACAAGGCAGCUGCUAACCAGUUUCCCUACCAGGUGGGACUCAGUUUUAAAAGCUCGGCUGGCAGUUGGUGGUGCGGUGGUUCAAUAAUAGCGAAUACAUGGGUACUAACUGCUGCUCAUUGCACCAAAGGAGCCUCUUCCGUGACCAUCUACUAUGGGUCCACCGUUCGCACUAGUGCCAAACUGAAGAAAAAGGUCUCCAGCUCCAAGUUUGUGCAGCAUGCCGGCUACAAUGCGGCUACUUUGCGCAACGACAUCUCCCUGAUCAAGACUCCAUCCGUCACUUUUACGGUUUCCAUAAAUAAGAUUGCCCUGCCCGCCAUCGCCAGCAGCUACUCCACCUACGCCGGACAGACUGCAGUGGCUUCCGGAUGGGGCAGGACCUCCGAUUCCAGCAUUGCCGUCGCCACGAACCUUCAAUACGCACAAUUUCAGGUCAUUACCAAUGCUGUGUGUCAGAAGACCUUUGGGUCAUCUGUGGUCACCAGUGGAGUUAUCUGCGUGGAGUCCAUCAACAAGAAGUCGACCUGUCAGGGCGAUUCUGGCGGUCCGUUGGCUUUGAACAAUAGACUAAUUGGUGUGACCUCGUUUGUGUCCUCCAAGGGAUGUGAGAAAAAUGCGCCUGCUGGUUUCACCCGCGUCACCAGCUAUCUGGAUUGGAUCAAGAACCAGUCCGGUGUGUUUUAUUAGCCGUAAAGCCACGCAGUCCAGUUUUCAUAUUCCUAAAAAGCAUUGCCUAUUUUUGAGCGGCUAUAGGAAUGAACCCAACAGCGCAAUCUGAAUUGUAACUGAUUAUGUUUUUUAUGUUGGACAUACCCUUAUCUUUUUCUUAUCUAAAACAAAUAUUUUGAGUAUUAAUUACGUAAUAAGGAACCUUUUUAUUCAUUCCAUACAAGAAAAUACCAAGAAUUUUAGAACGUUUUUUUAUUAUUGUUAAAAAUAUUAGAAAAUGGCCUUGAUCCAGCCCACAUCCUGCCCAACCUGGCAGCCAUCGGGUGAGCCAAAUGAAGCACCACCAGCCGCUCUCCGUACCGACGAAGCUUAGUCCCACCUGGUAGGGGAAAUUAGAGUUUAAAUGGUUUUUUUUCUACAAGAAAUCUACUAACUACGUUUACCUUCCCGUGUCAAACGAUUAAGUUUCCGAAACUGGUUGGCUUAUCAAGCAGAAAGCUAAAAUCCGUAUCAAUAAAAAUCUGUAUUAGUUAUCAAUUGGAUUGUAAAUUUUC